UGCACACUACCUGGAAAAGUCAGGUUCCGUUUGGAUACCUCAGCGGCGCUGCUGUCUCUCACCGCACCACAAGGAGUCUACGGUAACGUCAGAGCCAAGAUGGGGCGGAAGGAGAUUGUCUGCAGUUGGAAGAAACCUGUAAAUAACAUCAAGGAUGUGUUUGAUUUCAAGGGGAAGAUGGGAUCGGGAUCCUUUUCUGAAGUUUUCAUGGUGAGGGAAAAGAAAACUGGGAAAUUGUUUGCACUGAAAUGCCUGAAAAAAAAGCACCUCACUCACAGCAACCUGGAAAAUGAAAUAAAUGUUUUAAAGAGGAUAAAGCAUGACAAUGUGGUAGGGCUGGAGGAUUUUUAUGAGAGUCGAACACACUAUUACCUGGUCAUGCAGCUGGUUUCAGGUGGGGAGCUGUUUGAUCGGAUUCUAGAUAAAGGUGUUUUCACAGAGAAGGAUGCCAGCAUGGUGAUCAAACAGGUGCUCGAGGCUGUCGGCUAUCUGCAUGAAAACAGUAUUGUCCACAGGGACCUGAAGCCUGAAAACCUGCUCUACUAUAGUGCGGAUGAAAAUGCAAAGAUCAUGGUCAGCGAUUUUGGUCUUUCAAAGACAUUGGAACAUGGAGUUAUGUCCACAGCAUGUGGUACACCAGGAUAUGUUGCUCCAGAGGUUUUGGCCCAAAAACCCUACAGCAAAACAGUUGACUGUUGGUCCAUUGGCGUUAUUACUUACAUCUUGCUAUGUGGAUACCCUCCGUUCUUUGAGGAGAAUGAGACACGUCUCUUUUCAAAGAUCAUGAGAGCUGAUUAUGCCUUUCACUCUCCCUUUUGGGAUGACAUUUCUGAGUCAGCGAUAGACUUUAUUAGGAAUAUGAUGGAGAAAGAUCCCCAGAAACGAUUUACAACAGAACAGGCUCUGCGGCACCCAUGGAUUUCUGGAGAAACAGCUAAAGAUUUGGACAUUUAUAAUUCUGUCUGUGAGCAGAUGGAGCGGAACUUUGCCAAAUCUAAGUGGAAGCAAGCCUUUAAUGCAAGUGCCGCCAUCUACCACAUGAAGAAACUGAAGGACUCUUCCAGGGAGCACAGUUCCACUGCUCUUUCACUGCCCCACAUCAUUGUCCAGACCUCCUCUCAGACUGAUCUCGACUGUCUACAAUCCUGUGAUGAUGAUGAUCAUAGCUUGGACCGAAAUGGAAAUCCUUUCCAUGCUUCCAGUCAUCUCACUUGCAGUGGUUCUGAACCCAGCAGGAGUCUCUGCCCUCCACUAAGAGGCCACCAUAGUGAACCCAACUACCUGCUUGCAGAACCAAGAGAGGUCCACUCAUCGGAAAAUAACACUUCUUAUAUGUCAACCAAAAGCCUGGGUGCCGUGGCUAAGAGGAAGGACCCACCACUUCAGUCUGGUGUUUGUUCUGUCAUGUGAUUGGAUAGCUAACACAAGACAAUUCAAAUUUGACAACACAAAGUGGCAUUCUUCCUGGUUUAAAGAUAUCAACAUGUCUCCUGCUCAGCAUUUCUGCCCUCCGAGCUGAGAAAAUUAUUUUCCAUUGAUUGACAGACUCAGGUUAACUGUAAAACACUAUAUUGCACUUUGCUUUUUCUUCCUUCGUAGAUGGCAUCUAUUGUCAUGUUAAUUUGGAGCUCAUGAGUUUUUUGCUGUGUACAUUGUUUUUUUUCUGAAAUUGUACAUCAUUUGAUGGCAAAACAGGUUGCACAUAGAAAUUCCAAUUUUGAGAGUCAGUUGUGCACAGUGACUAUUAUGAAUCAUUAGUUGUCUUUUUUUGUUGUUUGGAAUGUGUAUGUAUGUAAAUAAAUUUGUCAAGUGCCACAAAAUGGUAUACCAUUCUCUAAAUAAUUACAAAUGUAGUGAAAUACAUUUUUUGA